AUGCUUAACGGAGCUCUCUUAGACAGAGUACAGAGUUUCAAGUACCUACUGCAUAUUGUUACUGCGGACCUCAAGGAUGAUGUGGAUAUGGAGCGGGAGCGGAGGGCGUUGUGCUACGUACUUUUCAAAGCGUACUGCACGUCGCUGUACACGUGUGGCCUGUGGGCGGACUACACGCAAAGAGCGUACAACGCGCUCCGCGUCCAGUACAAUAACGCAUUCAGGGCGGUGUUGGGGCUGCCCCGCUACUGUAGCGCUUUGGGCAUGUUCGCGGGGGCCCACACGGCCUGUUUCCACGCCACCAUGCGCGUGCGCGCAGCUGCGCUGGUGCGGCGCGUGCGGGCCAGCGCCAACACUGUCCUGGCGAUGAUCGCAGAUCGGCUUGACUGUCCUUAUAUUGUGCACUGUUGCAACAGGCAUGUAAGGACAGGUGUAGGUUAG